CACGGGAACUAUAUGACCAUCAGGGCUUGUUUUCUCAGGCUUGUUCUCUUCUCUGUAGUCACAGCAUGAUGUUGAUAAAGCUGACAAGCUACUAGCAUAAUAUCUGAGAGAGGCAUCCUUGUUAUGAUGACUUCCGUGUUGGCUACUUUCAUUGUCACAGUGCUACAGUAAAGGUAUACAAUGUUCAUACAAAGAAAAGCCAUAAUUAUUGUGGCAUGCAUCAAGUGGAAUGAAGAUCAUCCUCAGAAAUGGAUUUCUGCAAAAGUGUAUCAAUCCUUUUCUUAUGCCUGUAUCACACAUGAUACGGUGUGCAGUCAUAGAUCAAACCAUUUUAGGUAUGCCUUAAAUCAGUUAUGUUGUAUAUCACAAAACAUGCAUAAAAUA